GAGAGAGAGAGAGAGAGAGAGAGGGGAACUGUGUGACAGAGGGAAAGAGAACGAGGCAGGCUGCUUAGAGGAGUGAGAGAGCCAAGGAAGAAAUAAGGAACACAUUUUACAAGAGCAGGAAGAGGGAGGAUCGCAGACGAGGGACUCUUUCUCUACUGGGCACCUGGGACACAGUCACUGUGUUUUUUUUCACUCAUCUUCUCCAGUGGAUUGACUAACCAACCGGUGGAUUUUUAUAUACGCUUGUGCCACAUCCUUUAGAAACUGGAAUCAUUUCUCUGUGUUAUCUGCUCUCUGGCUGGCUCGACCGGUACAAACUGAGAUUGCUUUCUGUGUCUGUGCUCGGCUUCAGUGUUGUGAUUCUGCUCCGUGCACAAAGUGCAUCUGUCGGCAACCAGUGCUGAGGAUAUCUCCCCUCUGUCAAACAGGACAGCACACAGCCACCGUCGGAUCAGACUACAGAGAGGAGAGAGAGUGUGUGUAUGUAAGAGAGGGAAAGAUAGAGAGAGAGAGAGAGAGAGAGAGAGCGAGAGAGAGAGAGAGAGGGGAAGAGAGACAGAGUCAGAAUCACAGUGUGUGUUUGAGCGAGAGGCAGAUUAAAGCCCAGGCGAAAGACUGGAGUGAAACAGCUUAAAUAGAGAAGUGAACCUAUACGUCCUCUCCCGUUUUCCUUGCCAUCCCUUUCCUCCUCCUCUCCUCCUCCUCUUCCUCUCCCAUUUUCCAACAUUCACAGGACUGCCAGAGCUACUGCCACCUGCACCUCUUCACGUCUUCUCUUUCCUCUUCAUCCUCUACCUCACCCUUAUCACGCGUUACUAUCCGAUACCAGCCGCUGACGGACACUCUGCUCUUGGUUCAAGCACUUGUGGAAAUAUUUCCAUUGCUCCAGCAGUGAGAGACUGAGUGAGCAUCCAGCCGAUAACUGAGGCUCCGGACCGUUGAGGCACCGUUCGUCAGGAGCUUUCCCCCGUCAGAGGCAGACCUUCUUCCCAGCCGCUGUCCGGCACGAAGACCCUGCCUUCUCCCUGGAGGACCGGCUAACGACACAGUGGUGCGGACAGCAAAGAAAGGAUUCGCAUAGCUCCUCUGCUGCCUCUAUCCCAUCGCUAGCUACUUGGCAGCUCCCGCCCCCGUGUCACCAUUCCCUGCCUCAGUGCUAAGGAUUCCAGCUACAUGGGCAAGCGAUUGGAGCAGCAGCCAAUGUACCCUCAGUACACCUACUAUUACCCCCACUAUCUCCAGACCAAGCAGCCCUAUGCUCCACCCCCUCAUCCCAUGGCUCCUCCCAGCCCCAGCACCAACAGCUGCAGCCAGGGAGGGGCGGAGCAGCUGAGUAAGACCAACUUGUAUAUCCGAGGCCUGCCACCUGGGACCACCGACCAGGACCUCAUCAAGCUCUGCCAACCGUAUGGAAAAAUAGUGUCAACCAAGGCCAUUCUGGAUAAGAACACCAACCAGUGCAAAGGCUAUGGCUUUGUGGAUUUUGACAGCCCAGCUGCGGCACAGAAGGCUGUGUCGUCUCUCAAAGCCACUGGGGUGCAGGCUCAAAUGGCCAAGCAACAGGAGCAGGACCCUACCAACCUGUACAUCUCCAACCUGCCGGUGUCAAUGGAUGAGCAGGAGCUGGAGAACAUGCUGAAGCCCCUGGGUCACGUCAUCUCCACGAGGAUACUGAGGGAUGCCAACGGGGUCAGCAGAGGAGUCGGCUUCGCCAGGAUGGAGUCCACAGAGAAGUGUGAAGUAGUGAUACAGCAUUUCAAUGGAAAAUACCUGAAAACCCCGCCAGGAAUUCCAGCUCCCACGGAGCCUUUGCUGUGCAAAUUUGCCGACGGAGGGCAGAAGAAACGCCAGAGCCAGAGCAAGUACCCUCAGAACGGAAGGCCGUGGCACAGAGAAGGCGAGACUGGCAUGGCAUUAACAUAUGAUCCCGCUGCAAUGCAGAAUGGGUUCUACUCCUCGCCUUACAGCAUCGCCACCAACCGCAUGAUCGCACAGACCUCCAUCACGCCCUUCAUCGCUGCUUCCCCCGUUUCCACAUAUCAGGUCCAGAGUACGUCAUGGAUGCCUCAUCAACAAUAUGUUAUGCAACCUACAGGUGCAGUGAUCACGCCAGCCAUGGACCACACUAUGUCCAUGCAGCCUGCCAGCAUGAUGGGCCCUCUCACCCAGCAGAUGAACCAUCUGUCCCUGGGCACUACAGGAAGUUACAUGACUGCUGCAGCCGCCGCGGCGCCUAUGCAAGGGACCUACAUUCCCCAGUACACUCCUGUGCCUCCAACAGCCGUCCCUGUCGAAGGAGUGGUGACGGACGCCUCCCCCCAGACAGUGGCUCCCUCGUCACAGGAGGUGGCUGGCCAGCAGCAACAGAUGCAGGUGGACAGUGCUGCCGACCAUGUUCCUGCUUACUCAUACCAGUCCAAAUAGCAACAACCUGAGAGAAUGUUCCUGUGACAGCGUUGCCUUGAGACAGAAGGUGGCUGCACUGUGAAUGUGAGGAAAAGAGAAAAGAAAGAGAUUGCUUCCAGAUCGCCCAGGCACCAAAAAAGAGACACUUUUUUCAUUUCCUACCUGGCCUAUGAGAAAAAAACAGCAAGGAGGAGGCAAAGAGUGCUGAGGAAGGGGAUGCGGAAAUUGCUGGGCACAGUGCAAAGAAGUGAAAUUGUUUUGUCUGGGAACCUGCCUGAAGGGCUGGGCUGAAGCUAGAAAAGUUUCUCAAAGAAAAUUCUCAACCAAUUAAAAAAAAAAAAGAGAAAAAAAAAAACAAAUACAAAAUGACAAAAAAAAAAGGUUGAAUGCGAAGGUAGGUGAUGAAGUUUAUUUUGUAAUUAGAAAGGGGGAGUCAAGUUUGAGAUACACACAGAGAUUGUCUUCCUCAGAUAUUAAGCUACAAUUUCUUUUCACUAUUUUUUAUGUUCUAGUGUUAAAUUUUAGUUUUCUAGAUAUAUUCGAAAAACAAAGUGUUUUUUCUUUCUUGAAUCUUCAUGGCCUUAAUUUGAAGGGCGCCAGAAACUUUUUACAGAGUUAAAGUCUGACGUCUGGUUAGGAAAAAAAAAAAAAAAAGCAAACAAAAUCAGUCUCUUGGACCACUUGGAGGGUACAAGACACUGGAUGAGUUGUUAUAAAGAGGAAAAAAGAAUCUAUCACAUAAGCUGUACAGAUUUAAUAGAGAAGAGCUUUUUUUCUUUUCUUCAUUAGAAGAAAACUUUGAUAAUUAUUAUGUCAGAGGUAACUAAGUGUCAGAAGAAAACAAAAUGUCUGUCGGGGGAAAAAGACUCGAGGGGGGGAAAGAUGAAGCUUUGAAGAGAUUUUUCACAAUGAGGAAAAAAAAGAAAACAUAAGAAAACAUGCUGCAUUGUGGAUGCAGUCUGUUGCAAAUGCUGAACUUGUUUUUUAUUAUCAUAAUUAUUAUUUUACAAGGCAAAGUUGCUGUCAAUGACAUUAGUGCUUUUUAUCUGCCACAUUUUACCUUUUUUAUGAGCUUUAAGCUGUUUUUAGCCCGCUUUGCUUGUCACACUGCAAAAAGUUAAAAAAAAAAAAAAAAAAAAAAAAAAAAGAAAAAGAAGAA